GACGUUGUUUGUUUAUGGUUCGUGUGGUUCGGCUGUAUGCUUCAGGUUCGCCUCGAAAACCUGUGCGGUGUUUGGUAAACGCGGCAGCCGUUUUCCCGACCCAGGACGGGCCUGCUGGAGGAGGCUUUCAUCACGCACAAGACUAGUCUAGCGGUCUGUCGUCUUUCGGAAGUCCGGCAUGUUAGUCGGCUGCGGUCGCGGUGGGCCAGUUCGGUAGCAGAUUGGUACUCGUCCCCGGACCCGCCUUUUGGUUUCAGGUUUGUCUGGAAGUUGCUCCGUCUUGUUGGAGGGCGAUCAUACUCGAUGGAGUAACCCCCCUUGUUCGCUGGAGUUGACAGCCCCCCUAUUAGUAUUGUCGUGGCUUGAGAGAUGGGUUAGUAGGUCACCGACCCGAAUGGCUACCCACAGCUAACCAAGUAGUGCCAAAACCGGCGAUUCCAUUUCUGCAUCCCUCCCCUGAGGACUCCCUACACCGAUCAUCGAACACGACGUCCCCAUGGUGCUGCGUAGGCUUCUCAGGAAGCGCUGGGUCUUGGCUGUCGUCUUCGGACUGUCCCUUAUCUACUUCCUGACCAGCACCCUGAAACAGGAGGAGAGGACCGUGCGUGAUCGGACCCUUCUACAAGCGAGGGACCCCGAGCAUCGCAUCCCCUGGAAAGUCCGCUUCGACCUCGGUAACAGCAGCAGGCAGAUAACGCAGUGCCGAAACUCGAUCCAGGGCAAGACCCUAAUAACGGACGAGUUGGGUUACGUCUGCGAGAGGAUCAACCUCCUGGUGAACGGCUGCUGCAACAUCAAUACACCCAGCUCUCGGCAGUUUGUCUGCGAUACCUGCCUACCAGGGGGCUGCUGCAGCGUCUACGAGUUCUGCGUGUCCUGCUGCCUGCAACCCGACAAGAAACUUCUGCUGGAGCGGUUCCUUAACAGAGCAGCCGAGAGUUUCCAGAACCUCUUCACUGCGGUGGAGGACCACUUUGAGCUGUGCCUGGCAAAAUGCCGCACCUCUUCACAGAGUGUCCAGCAUGAAAACACCUACCGCAAUCCACAGGCCAAGUUCUGCUACGGCGAAAGUCCUCCUGAACUCGCACCAAUCUAAUCCUGAAGAUGGGGAUUGGGUGUCCCGGUGAAGGUUGCGUGACAUGAUUAGGACGAAAUUACCUCCCAUCUGUCAUGGCAGCAACGCAAUGGAAAACAUCAUCACCUGCUCUGCUGUGGCACAUGGUUUAAAUUACACUUCAUAAGUGCAAAGAAUACAUCGUUAUCUCAUCAGUGAUGAUAAUCAGGUUCCACUGGUUUCUCCAUAUCUCUCUUCAUAUCUUCAACAUCAGGCAGAAAAAGCUGACACGUCCACGAGAAAAUUUCUCUGAAGAUUGCAUUGCCAUCCACUGCAUUUUGGGUGACUACACAGUUAUUAGUAAUUUGAUGUCCUGCUUUACAUAUAGUGUGAAAUGCUGAAUGGAAAAGUUGUUUAAAUGUCGCAUUUACUCUUAUUGUUUUGUAGUUUUGGUGUUUCGGAUAAAAAAGGUUUGUUCUUUGUGUUUUUAACAUUUCAUUAAUAUUAAUGACAAAAAAACCUCCAAAACUUGCUUUCUUUCCGGCAUAUUCCUAUUCAGUUACCGUGAACCAGGUAUCAUUGGUGUCAGGACCCCCGCCCCAUUUCUAAGUGUAGACCAUUGAAUGGUCCCAGAUCAGUUUUAUUCUGUAAAGUUAAUUUUGUAAACUUAAUUCUCUGUAUAUCCCUGUCAGCAUUUCCUGGGCAGCAACAUUAAAAAACAAUAAAGAAAUGCAGUUUUUUUAAUUUAAA